AUUAGCGAACUUAGUACGCGUACGUACGCCAAGGUGUAAGCUCGAUCGCUGAUCUCGGAAAUGUCGGAACCGCAGACGACGGGGAAGUCCUCGCCAGCCUUGGACGUUGUGGAGCUGGUGAACGGGAGCUUUGGCCGCUGGCAGUUGCGCACCAUCCUCCUGAUAUUCCUGUGCAAGAUUCCCAGUGCCUGGUUCACGGCGAUCAUCAUUUACACGGCUCCGUAUCCCUGGAAGGGGGAGCUUGUCUGCCACCCAGCUGAAUGGAAUGUCAGCAGGUCGCAAGUGGAACACUCAGACCAGUCGCAUCCCCUGUGGCAAGAUGCACGCAGCACGGAUCGACUGUUCAACGUGGACGUGUGCAAUGCCUAUUCGAAUUCCCUGGCCCGUGGAUUUGUGCGCAGUCAUGGAAGAGAGUGGAACGCCUCGGAGUCCAAGGAUCCGAAUGCCCAAUCCUCGCUGCCCUGCGAGCAUGUGGAGCACAGGACGGACUAUAAGUCCCUGAUCGUUCAGUUCGAUUUGAUCUGCUCUCGGCGCGUUCUGGUGGCGAUGACGCAAUCUUUUCAUGCACUUGGCGCCCUGAUUGGCGGGCUUAUGGCCUACUCCUCUCUCAAGAUUAUCAGUCCGCGUCGCCUAAUGUUGUUGGGCAUGAUUGGGCAGAUAUUCUGUGGGAAUCUCACGGGAUUGGUUGACACCUACCAGUUGCACGUCUACUUCCGCUGCCUCACUUCCAUAUUUUGUGCUCUAAUGUACACUUCCGGACAGUUUAUAUUAAACGACAUCACAUCAGGAAAGGCCCGCAUCAUUGUAGUCACUUUAUCGGAGCUGUUUUGGUCCAUGGGCCUCGUUCUCCUGCCCGCCAUUUCCAUCUACUUUGAUAACUGGAGUUACCUGUACGUGGCCAUCUCUUCCUCCCUGAUUGUGCUGGUUUGGCUGCAUCGCUGGAUAGCGGAUGCUCCUCGUUGGUUGUUGCAACACCAGCGCGUGGAAUCGGCACUCCGCCAGUUGUUGGAAUCAGCAACUUACAACAACCGUAAGGUUCCCCUCACUUUGGACGUUCAACUAACAGUUUAUGCCAAUGAGCUGGAGCAGAAGGCCAGGCAGAAACAGAGUUACUGCCAAAUCUGGGAUGGGGAGACGAAGCGCAGCCAACUGGUGUACAUGCACUGGAUCUGGGGUGCAGCCAUGGUUCUGUACAACAUCACUCUGCUGAUGAUUCGCAACCUGGGCACUCAACAGGUGCACGUGAACACGGCGGCCUUGGGAUUUGCUGAGAUGGUGGGCGUGUUUGUGGGACUCUAUCUGAUCCUCUACACCAGACGUCAUUGGCGCUGGGCGGGAAAUCUGAUGAUUAUAGCCGGGCUUACGACCUAUCUUGUCUGGCUGCUCCCAGAAACUGAACGCAACACACGACGCGUGGGACUUGAACUUGUCUUCUGGCUCAUUUUAAAAGUGGCAAACUCUGCCUCAAUCGCAGUACUUUCCACCUGCACCAGUGAAAUUGUUUCCAAGGAGAAGCGAGUGUUUCUGAUGCUGUCCGUGAUCUCGUUCAGUCGAGUGUGUUUGGUAUUUUGCCCGCUGCUCAGCUGCCUGACGGUCAUCCAUCACCUGGUUCCCAUCACGAUUUUGGCCACUGUUGGGUGGAUUUACGGACUGGCUCUGCGACGCCUGAACCGCUACUAUUGGAACACCGAGCAGCCCCAUAUGAGCCAAGUGCCUACCCCGAACACCUACCGUCGCCAGUCGGCCAUCAUAAUGCGCAGGUGCAGCACCGCCAGUUCGGAUUGCAGUGCUUAUAGCAACGAACUCCUUAGCAACUUUGAGCGCAAAAUGGCGGUCAGUAUAGCUGACAUUUGGCACAUCAAUUUCCAUCCCUCCAGCGAGAUCGAAUUGGAAUUGGAGCAGCAUCGACCGGAGGCAUUCAGAGCACACAGCUCUGAAACCAUUUGAGGAGCUUUUGAGCAGCCUGAAAGCAGGCUUUGGAGUAUUAACAAAAAUUAAGUGAUCUACUUUAGAGUGUGAUUCAAAAUCAAUUGUGUUAUAUUGUAACCUAAGAAGAGAACUUUGCGAAAGGUUCUUACGUUUUUAUGAAAAUAAAGAGAACCCUGUUCUUUUCUUAAUUCACUACCGA